AUGCCCUAUGAUCUGAAGCAUGUGUUUGCCAGUCUCCCUCAGAUGGAGAGGGGUCAGUCCAAAGUGAUCAGUGGAGACCCCAAAGGGAACAACUUCCUCUACACAAAUGGGAAGUGUGUCAUCAUCCGCAACAUCGAGAACCCUCAAAUCGCAGACGUGUACACAGAGCAUGUGCAUCCGGUGCAGGUGGCAAAGUACGCGCCCAGUGGCUUCUACAUUGCAUCAGGAGACUCCACUGGCAAAGUGCGCAUCUGGGACACCACACAGAAGGAGCACAUCCUGAAGUUCGAGUAUCAGCCUCUGUCCGGGAAGGUCAUGGAUAUCAGCUGGACUGAGGACAGCAAGAGACUGGCUGUUGUGGGGGACGGGCGAGAGAAGUUCGCCUCAGUCUUCCUUUGGGACACCGGCUCUUCCGUGGGAGAACUCACAGGACACUCUAAACACAUCAACAGCGUUGACAUCAGACAGAAGAGACCGUACCGCAUCGCCACCGCGAGCGACGACACCACUGCAGGGUUCUUUGAGGGACCUCCCUUCAAGUUCAAGUUCACCAUCAGGGAGCACAAUCAGUUUAUAAACUGCGUUCGUUUCUCUCCUGAUGGAACUCACUUUGCCACCGCUGGCGCUGAUGGUCAGAUUUUCCUAUAUGACGGUACAAAGGGUGAGCUGGUGCGUGCUCUAGGCGGCGAGAAGGCGCACAGCGGCGGCAUCUACUCGAUUAGCUGGAGCCCGGACAGCUCCCAGCUGAUCUCUGCUUCUGGAGACCGCACGGUUAAGCUGUGGGACGUGGGCAGUGGGUCGGCGGUCACCACCUUUUCCAUGGGCUCCGGGGUGAACGACCAGCAGCUCGGGUGUCUGUGGCAGAACGACCAUCUUCUUAGCGUGUCUCUAAGCGGGAACAUCAACUACCUCGACAAGAAUCAGCCCACAAAACCACUGAGGGUGAUCAAGGGCCACACAAAAUCCAUCCACUGUCUGACGGUUCACAAAGGAGACGGCCGCUCCUACAUCUACUCUGGCAGCUCAGAUGGAAACAUCACUCGAUGGGACUCUGACUUGGGUCUGACCGAGUGCUUCUCUGGGAAAGGUCACACAAACCAGGUGUCGUCGAUGUGUGUGAACGAGAGCGAGGAGUUGGUGACCUGCAGCAUGGACGACACUGUGAGGUUCACUGCCACAGGGGGCCAGGAGUACAGUGGUGACGUGGUGAAGAUGGACUCUCAGCCCAAGUCUGUGAGUGCAUCUGGAGCCCUAACGCUGGCAGUGUGCAUUGGACAGAUUGUACUGCUGAAGGACAAGAGGAAAGUGUUCAGUUCUGACUCUCUGGACUUCGAGCCGGAGGUGGGAGCUCUGCAGCCAGGGGGCGCUGUGGCUGCAGUGGGAGACGCUGAGGGUAAAAUCCACCUGUAUUCAGUGCAUGGCAGCUCCCUGGCUCCGGAGGGCCCCCUGCUGGAGGCCAGAGGGAAACUAACAGCUCUGGGCUUCUCUCCUGAUGGAGCGUUCCUCGCUGCGCUGGACGACCAGAAAGUAUUGACUGUGUUCACUGUGGCCGACAACUACAGCGUCAAAGGUCACUUCUACGGUCACCACGCCAAGCCGGUAACGCUGUGCUGGAGUCCGGACUCUGAACACAUCGCCACCGGAGGAAUGGACAUGAACGUGAUUGUGUGGGACGUGAACGAUGAGGACAAGCGGAUCAAGAUGCCAGACUGCCAUCGGCUGCACCAUGUGAGCGGAUUGGCCUGGAUCGACGCCCACACACUGGUCACCACCUCCCACGACUCCACCGUCAAGCAGUGGACCCUCACCUACUGA